AUAUAAGGUUGCCUACUGAUUGUUUUGCAUGCUUUUUAAAAUUCAGGCUACAUUUGAAAGUACAUGGGAAGAUAGGACGCAAAAAGCAUCUGAGCAAAAUGCUCCUCCACCUAAUGAGCUAGAUGUGUGGCUUGAGGUAGCUGGUGUGAAAAAAGGUAGAAUUUAUGGAUUAGGAAUGGAGUCUACUGUGAUGCAUAACAAAUAUCGUGGCUCAAGCUCUUCAUCAUCUGAGUGGGUACGAAGAGAAGAGUUUGAUCAAUUGAGGGACACAUUAGACAUCACUCAAAAAAUGGUACGUCAGAUGAUGGAAAUGAUGCAAACAACAGCACCAACCAAUGUGCAUACAGAUCACGGUGAUAAUUCAGAUGAUUUAGAGGAGUCAGAGGAUGCAGAUGAUCUAGGUGGUUCUUGAGGGAUUAUUUGAACUUUAUCAAACUUUGUUUUUAAGUGUAUUGUAAUAG